GUAGAUCAAUUGAAUGAGGCAACAACUCUUGGUAACCGACCCAUAGUUGGAAAUCAAAGUAAUGGACAAGAUUCUUAUCGACCAAUGUCAAAGAAAGUGGGAAAGGAUAUUGAUAAUGUAGUGGCAAAUGAUAAAAGGGAGUCUAUCAUUCACUAUAACAAGAAAGAUAUGAAUUCUGGGGAUCAGAAUGCUUCAAAAAGUGAUCUAGGUUUUGUUUCGACUAUGGCCUAUAGUGCCAUAUAG